CUUCGAGUAAGACUCUCUCAUACACACUGUCUUUUGUUCUUUACUUCAUAGUACUGUGAUAUUGAUAUAGGACGCUGCAGCUCUAUUAGAGUAACACUCUGUUCGCUCGGUGCUUGGUUUAUAUAAUUUAUCAGUCAGAAGCUGCAGAAUGGCGAGCACUCCGGCCGGCCAGCAGCCGGUGUCCCGCGGCAGCAGCACUCCUCUGAGCCCCGCGCGGAUCUCCCGCCUGCAGGAGAAGCGGGAGCUGCAGCAGCUCAACGACCGGCUGGCCGCCUACAUCGACACGGUGCGCAGUCUGGAGUCCGAGAACAGCCUCCUGCAGCUGCAGAUCAGCGAGCGAGAGGAGGUGCGGAGCCGCGAGAUCACCGGCCUCAAAGCGCUCUACGAGACCGAGCUGGCGGACGCGAGGACGGCGCUGGACGACACGGCGCGGGAGCGCGCACGCCUGCAGCUUGAGCUGGGCAAGAUUAAGAGCGAGCACGAGCAACUGCAGCACACAUUCUCCAGGAAGGACUCGGAGCUGGCCAGCACUCAGGCCCAGCUGAAGGAGGCUGAAGCGCUGCUGAACUCUAAAGAGGCGGCGCUGAACACUGCUGUGUCUGAGAGGAAGGCUCUGGAGAACACACUGACAGACCUGCAGCUUCACGUCCAGGAGCUGGAGGGAGGGCUGAGCUCGGCGAGGAAGCAGCUGUCAGACGAGACUCUGCUGCGUGUGGAUCUGGAGAACCGCUGCCAGAGCCUCACAGAGGAGCUGGACUUCAGGAAGAACAUGUUUGAGGAGGAGAUCAAGGACACGCGGCGCAGGCACGAGAGCCGUCUGGUGGAGGUGGACUCGGGUCGUCAGAUGGAGUAUGAGUUCAGGCUGGCUGCGGCGCUGGCCGACAUGAGACAGCAGCACGACGAGCAGGUCUCGCUCUAUAAGGACGAGAUGGAGCAGACCUACAUGGCCAAACUGGAGAACGUGCGCCUGUCGUCCGAGAUGAACAGUUCUUCAGCGAGUAUGGCCCGUGAGGAGCUGCACGAGUCCAUGCUGAGAGUGGAGGGUCUGACCGCUCAGCUCGCCGGCCUGCAGAAAGAGGCGCGUGCGUGGCAGGAUCAGAUCCGUGAGCUGGAAGCGGCUCUGAGCCGGGAGAAGGAUCUGAGCCGCAGGUUACUGGCAGAGAAGGAGCGAGAGAUCGCAGAGAUCCGAGCCAAGAUGCAGCAGCAGCUGGACGAGUACGAGCAGCUGCUGGACGUGAAGCUGGCGCUGGACAUGGAGAUCAACGCCUACAGGAAGCUGCUGGAGGGCGAGGAGGAGAGGCUGAAGCUGUCUCCCAGCCCCUCGUCUCGUGUGACCGUGUCCCGCGCCUCCUCCAGCCGCAGCGUUCGCACCACACGAGGGAAGAGGAAGCGUGUGGAUGUGGAGGAGACCGAGGCCAGCAGCAGCGUCAGCAUCGCUCACUCCGCGUCUGCCACGGGGAGCGUCUGCAUCGAUGAGCUGGACGUGGACGGGAACUUCAUCCGCUUGCACAACAACUCUGAGCAGGAUCAACCCAUGGCAGGAUUUCAGCUGACCAGAACUAUUGGGGAUGUUUCUGCUACGUAUAAAUUCACUGCCAAAUACGUCCUGAAGGCUGGACAGAAAGUAACGAUCUGGGCGUGUAAUGCGGGCGUGAGCUCCAACCCUCCUGCUGACCUGAUCUGGAAGAACCAGAGCUCGUGGGGCAGCGGUCAGAACAUUAAAGUGCUUCUGCUGAGCCCAGGAGGAGAGGAAGUAGCUGUGAGGAGCACCGUGUUCAAGACUGCAGGAGAGGAGGAGGAGGAGGAGGAGGAGGAGGAGGAGGAGGAAGCUGACGUCCAGGAGCGUCUCUUUCACCAGCAGGAGGAUCCUCAGACUGCCAAGAGAGGAUGUGUGGUCAUGUGAUCAACACUACAGCCAAUCACAGCUGGCAGCUCAACCUCCUGAAGCUUCCCGUGGGGUGGCUCCACUUUAUUUUAUUUUAUUUUAUAAUUAUGCUUUUUAAAGUCUUUCUCCACUUCGUUUUCAGAUUUUGUGAAAGGUUUAUCAGCCUAAAUUUGAAGAACCAAAUGUUUUUCUUCUCAUGUGCAAGUUGUAACUGUGAGGACUCUUCUAGACUCGUCCACCUCAGAUUCUGUGACUAACACUUUGUUUUUAAAUCAUGUUUGUAUUGGUUUUAUAAGAUGCAGUUUUAGGUCUCUUUUCAGGACAGUUUUUAUAAUGUCUGAUAGUUUUUAGUGCAUUUAUUACAGACAGUAGACACAUUGCAUGCUAGUUUGAAUGAUAAAGUUUGAUUGUAUUUAAAGCAGCUAUUCCAAGUAUUUCACUACAUGAUCACGAGGCCUGACGCGUCCUUCAGCAGCGUAACCUGAUCAAGAGAUGCAGCUUUCGGUCUGAAACAUCAAGAUUCAGUACUGUACUUUUAUUUUAUUACAGAUCCGAUUGUCAGAGCCGAAAAGUUUUGUAUUGGUUUGGUCUAUUCCAUCUAACCAACACUAGCCUUAUGCAGACACUUAAUUUAACCUUUGAUUUGAAGAAUUGUCUCAUGCAUGCUUUAUUUUUCUGCCGCCUUUAUAUGUGAAAUGAUCAAAGUGUUGACUAUCUUCA